AUGGCAGACAUGGAAGAGGUUUUGGAGAGGCAAGAGCAAGAAAUGCGACAAAGAAUGCGUAGAAGAGCUGCAAGCAAAAGGGCGCAGAGAGAACUAGAUGAGCAACUUGGCAUGACCGUUGCUUUCCUGGAGGAAGAAAACCAGAGCCACCGUGGUUCACAAGAAGGUCAGGCAUCGAAUGUGGACAAACAUAGACAUUCUUGGUGUAAGAAUCUUCUGGAAGAUUAUUUUAUCCCACAAUCUCUGUACUCUGAUGUUCAUUUUCGAGCAAGAUAUAGAAUGCAACCCCAUUUGUUCAAUAAAGUCAUGCAUGAUAUUUGCAAUUAUGAUGACUACUUUGUUCAAAAGAAAAAUUGUGCUGGAAAUUUGGGGCUGCUUCUUGAGCAAAAGUUCACAGCUGUGAUACGAAUGUUGGCGUAUGAGUCAUCUGCUGAUCAGGUGGAUGAGAUUGCCCGGAUGGGGAAGUCCAUUAUUUUGGAGAGCUUGGUGCGAUUUUGUGAUGCAGUGGAAAAUCUGUACACUAGGGACUACUUGCGCAGACCUACACCCAGGGACCUGCAACGGCUUCUACAAAAAGCUAAGUCUCGUGGAUUUCCUGGAAUGAUUGGUAGCAUUGACUGCAUGCAUUGGCAAUGGAAAAAUUGUCUAAUUGCUUGGCAAGGGGAUUAUGGGAAUCGAAAAGGACAGAAAAACAUCAUCCUCGAAGCAGUUGUUGGUUUUAAUACAUGGGUUUGGCACGCCUUCUUUGGAGUUACCCGCUCUCAAAACGAUUUGAACGUCCUAGGUCAAUCCCUGGUGUUCAACGAUGUUCUGAGAGGUGAAGGCCCAAAUAUCACAUAUCAAAUCAAUAAUACCAUCUACCAGAAUGAGUAUUAUCUAGCUUAUGGUAUCUACCCGAGAUGGACAACAUUUGUGAAAUCAAUUCCACAUCCCCGAUCCCAGAAGGAAAUUUUUUUGCUGCCUAUCAAGAGGGGUACAUAA